AUGUCUUUCGAGACCGCCCCCGCAAACCCCACCAAGAACUUUCAGACCAUCCUCGCUGGUCGCAAAUGCUACCGUCUCGAAAAGUAUACGCCCGCCGAGUCCAAGUCCCCCCGAGGCUUGACACGCUUCCCAAAUCGCAACAAGUUCAUCGCGGAGUACAUUCUCAAGAAAACCGGCGAGAUCCGGACGGCCAAACAAGUCGGCAGCCGCAUCCAGCAGCUGAGAGACACCAGUGCGGGCAAAACAAUCAUGAAGGCGAUUUCCGAUCGCCAUUAUGAGAUGAUGCAUCCCACCAGGCCGAGCGAGCCGCCGCAAGACAUGGGGAUGGCCGACGUCUACUUCAACGGGAACGGAGGCAUGCUUCCUCCCAUGAAUCAAGUCAUCCACGUGUACAUCAGCGUCCCUACGCCUUCCGCCGCCUGGACCGAGACGUACGGCCAGACGUCGCGCCAAACAGAGGUCAACAUCCUCUCAAGCUCGGCGUACUCUUGGGGCGAGCCCCGGCCUCUCCGGGCCAUCGACCCAACUGUGACGUUCACGUCUCCAGCCCCGAUGACCUUGUGGUCGAGUUUCACCGUUUAUUGCGGCUCGACGGUCAUGCACAUCGACCAACCUAAGGCGAUGAAGAUGCGCAUGACGGACGGGUUCGGCACGAGCUCCUACCUACACUGCGCAACGCUCGCACCCGGCUACUGGGAUACUCUCUGCACCUGUGCCGACCUGUCGCCGUACAUCAUCGUCCAGGAGAUCACCAAGCAGCCGGCCAACCCGACGCAGAAGCCGAUCCCAGUGAUGAUGAUCCACUACCACUUCAACACGACGAGCGCACCGCCGCUGUCGCCCUUCGCGCUUGCCGACGACGAUCUCGAGGUGGAUUACGAGAGCGACGAGAUGCUCCCACCCGCGACCGCCCACGCGCUCAGCACGAGCUCCGACUCGCCGUACCCCAGCGACCGCGACAGCUCGCCGUCGUACUCGAUCCCCGGCUUCUGCUCGCAGCCGCUGAGCCCGGUCGAGUGGACCUCGGCGACCCAGCCGGCCUGGGCGUACACGCACGGCCAGGGCCAACACCACAGUCAGCAGCUUCCCCUACCCCUGCCCCACCCCACCGUGUCGGCGGGGAGCAGCAGCAGCCAGGCUUCUGCUUCGCAGCUUGCGCCGUCCGGGUACGCCAGCGCGGGUGGGGCGUAUGGCAUGCCCCCGGUGGCGCCGCAGCACCAGUCGCGAGGGUACCACUCCGCGUUCUGAGUUCUGAGCCUGCUGUCGUGGGCUGGUGUCUCGAGUUUCAGCAUUGGCAUUGGAUCGGACUCCCUCUGCAUUUGGCUUGCGCGCACAUAAC